UCUCAUUCACAAAAUAAAAAUACAUAAAUAAAUUGAACCUUUAUGUAGUUUGCUUAGAAAUUUAGAGCAUAAAUAUUAAUUGCUAACCAAAUAAUAAAUACGAACAGAAGUAAUUUAUAACGCAAUUAAAAGGUUAAACGUUAUAACGUUAAUUGAUAAGAUAACAAAACGAUUAUGUUAUGUGCCACUUUGAUCAAUUAAGUAAAUACAAAUUUUACACAUAAAAGUUAAAUGAAGCUUGACUCCAGACUCUAAAAAUUAAAACAAAGUUAUAUAAUGUCGGACACUGUUGUUGAGUCGUCGUCGAAGGUACGACUGGAAGAUGGGGAAAUUGAUGAAAGUAAUGAGUUCUCAAUGUUACCAGAACCAGAAUCUAUGACUGGAACUGGCACUGUAAAAGACCUACGUGUCAUGGUAAAGAACUUUAUAAAGGCCAAUAAAACUCAAAAUGAUGAUCUACUAACAUCUGCAGUUUGCGAAAGUGAUAAAAACUCUUCAGAAGCUUACAAUUCCGAAAAAGAUCAAGAAAUUGUUUACAUUGAUGAAGAUGAAAUGCUUUGUGUUCGUGGUGCAAGUCCUGUCCCUUUUGUUGUUGAACGACUAAGUUACAGCAGAAAAUCACCACUAAAAGAUUGUGAUACCAUUGCAUUUGAUAUAACACCACCAAAAAGAAAGAAAACUUCAAGUAAGCGACGUCGAAAACGGACAACUCCAAGAAAAUUUCUGGAAAGUAAAGGCAUCAAAACAGAUGAGCACACAGAAUUGGACAACUCAGACUUUAAAGAUAAAGAAAGAAGUGAAUCGCCACAAGAAAAUCCAAACAAUCUUCCUCAACUCUGUAAGUUUUAUCUUCAAGACUGUUGUGUCAAAAAAUCUAGAUGCGAGUACAUGCAUUCAGAGUUUCCAUGCAAAUUCUAUUACAUGGGAUUAGAGUGUCCAGAUGAAACUUCUGAAAAUGGUUGUAAAUUAUGCCACGGAGGGUCAUUAUCGCUUGAUAUGCUUACGGCCCUUGAUCGGCACAUCAAUACUGCACCAAUUGAUGUUUUGGGCCAAGAGUUUGCAGACAUGCGUUCUAAUAUGGAAGUCAAUGAGAUCAGUCGAAUGUUACAAGAGAUGCAGGAAAAACUCACAUCAUCCAAAAAUGUUCCAGAAAAUGCAUCUUCAAGUCAAAACGAUUCGUCUAAUUUUUUCGUUACAUUGAGAGAAAAAUUAUUUUUUUUAAGUGAAGAUCAACUCAACGGUUUGAAGCAACUUAAAAUCUCCAAGUCGGAUGACUUGUUUAAUUUAACACUGGCUCAAUUAAACGCUAUUGGCAUUCAUGCAACUCAAAUUGAAGCUAUACAAAUGAGUUUUGUAUCUGGACAAGAUACGGAUAUGAGAAAUUUAAAUCUAUCACAAUUUGACGUUCCAAUUAAACAGGAUAUACCAAGUUUUGAAGUUGUUUGCUACAAUGAAGGGAAUACCUGGAGUCAAAAUUGGUAUGAGAAAGAAGAAAUGCCUUUGGUGAUUGAUGAAAAUAAUGUCCAGGUCGACGAUGAAAAUGAAGAUAAAAUUCCGGAGGAAGAUAACAUUUUGAUUGAUGUAGUAGGAGAUUCAAGUAGUAAUUCUGAUUCGAGUAUGAUUGAGGUUGAAAUUGAGAAAGUUGAAGACAACGUGGCACUUGCUUCUUCCCCAGAUAAUACAAAUCAGUCGCAUCAUUUUGUUAUUGAAGAAACUCAAAAAGGAAUAGAGGUGCUUCCAAAUUCUAUUGUUGGAAUGAAUAAUUAUUUUCCACUGAUCAAUUCCACAAAAACUGUUUCUGAAAAUAGUCAAAAUGGAGAGGAAACAGUUGAAGAAUUCAAAGAGUCAGAAGGCAAAAAUGGUUCUCUCGAGAUCACUAAUACUGAACAAGAAAUUCAAAAAUUUGAUGAAAAAUCAAACAAAUUAGAUACAAAUCAGAUAUCAGAAGAAUUAGACGAUAAAAUUGAAAGUUCAGAAAUCAAAGAUCAGACACAGCUUGACGAAAACAUUAAACAAAGAGAAUUAUCUCAAGCAUCGGAAGAACUAUCAAAAGAAGUCGAAAGGCCAAUAAGUGAAGUUCAGACUCAACUGGACAAAAAUAUAACUGUAAAUGAGUUGUCAGCUAUAGAAAAUAAGAUCGAGAAACAAUUUGAAACUAAGACCAAUGAAGAACAAUACCAAUCACCCUCAAAAGAAGUUAAGCAAUCUAAUAAUUUUCAAGAAAAGGAAAAAUCUCCCCCUUCUUUACCUUCUGAACCUCUUCAAAAUGAAGACAAAAAUGGAUCACCGCAUAUGUCAAUUAAAUCGCCAAUUGCACACAAACGCGAGUGUAGUCCGCAACCUGAAAAUGUCGUUGCAAAAAUAGAUCUUACAGUUAUAACACCACCAAGAAACAAAUCAGAUGUAGUACCUCUUCCAGUUCGGUUUAAAGUCGAACCAAACCGAGGGUACAAUAAUCCAUUUCAAAGAAAUAUCUCUUCUCCGGUUAAUGAAGUUAAAGACCGUUAUUCAUCAGCAAAUCAACAAAGAACAUUUUACAUACCGCAAUCGAAUUCAACAUCAGAUCAUCAAAUGCAGGGCGAUAAUUCUUCAGAAGAUUGGGAUGCAGAUGAACGAAGUGAUAUACAAAGCCCACCUAAAGAAAUUGCGUCUCCCGAUCAAUCUGAUGAUGAGUCGACACCUUUUGUAGCAGAUGGCUCAUGUCCUGAAUUACCUCUAAGAACCAAGAAUUUAGAUAAUUACCAGCCUGCAUUGGAAAUUAAUGCUCACCUUACUUACCCUCCAAUGAAAUAUAAGCUCUAUGAAAUUUACAUGCCACAAUACGAAGUUAAUAAACCAACUCUUAUGGACAAACUUAUCAAAGCCAAUAGCACAGAUCCUCGAUUGAAAAAAUUUAUUGAAAAAGAAAAGAACCAUGGAAUAUUUCCACAAGCCGAAUAUAGUUUUUUCCCAACGAAUAUUUCACAAUGCGAUCCACGGCUUCGUCCAGGAACUGGAACUAAUUGCCAAGACCAGAAUUUUAAUGCGAGUCGUGUGCUUUAUAGUUACUUGCAGCGAUCACAAUGGUACCAAGAACUAAAGUCGAAUUUAAAAAUUCAAAUCAAUCACUCUGUAUCGGACUUAGUGCGUGCCCUGAAUUAUUUCCAUAAGGAUCCUUCGCCUCAGAAAAUUUUCGAUUUAUUUCAAAUUGAAUGUGCCGGUGUUCUGCUGGAGGUGAUGCGAAAUGUUGGAAUAUUCAUUGAUGUAAAUGGCAAUAUAACAGAAGAAGCCAAUUAUAACCAGCUCUGUGCCCCAUCGCAGCAACAUCAACAACAACAACAACAUCAACAGCAACAGCAACCGCCAUCGCAACCAUCUCAAUCACCUUUUGUCGGUGUCGGUUGUCUGGGUCCCAAUGCCAAGCCCGGACUGUUGGGUUUUGCACCGCCUGGUCACCCUCAUCCACAUCAUAAUAAUUCAUCAAUGAGCAACGAGAACAGUUUUGCGAGGCAAGCAUUUGGACACGAUUGUGUUUGCAGCAGUAACAACAAUGAUUUUCAACCGACUGGACCUACCUUCUAUGUUGGAGGCCGAUAUGGAAUAAAUCGCAAUCAGGAACCAGGUUUUGAACCACCGCCAUAUCAAAGACAAAACCAGAAGCGGAAUUUUAAAAGACGUUGAAUCAAUUUUUACCGUUUGAAUUAUUGUUUUAAGUUUGUUACUUUUUUGUUUUGUUUUGUAUGAAAGUUACGAAACAUCAUAUCAUCUGUUUAAACGUUAAAUUAUGAUUUUGUUUAUGUGGAGCAUAAUACAAUUAAUUUUUACAUUC